AUGUUCGAUCUUAGCGCCAUCCCCCUCGCAUCCAUCGACCGCCCUUUUGGCAUCGAGCUAUGGCCCCUCUUCUCCAAAGUCUACACGGCUAUCGCAGGCUUCUCGCCAGAUAAAUUUACCUUCAAACAGUCCCAGACACCCAUGUCGACUCUAAACGAAACCCUCAUCGGCCUCGCAUCCUACUAUGUUAUCGUCUUCGGCGGCCGCGAGAUCAUGAGAAACCGUCCUGCUAUGAAGCUGAAGGGUAUUUUCCUCAUACACAAUCUAUUCCUGACGCUGAUUAGCGGGACACUGCUGGCGCUGUUUAUUGAACAGCUGCUACCGACAUUGUGGAGGAAGGGUAUCUUUUUCGCGAUAUGCAAUCAUGAUGGGGGAUGGACCCACCCCUUGGUGGUCUUGUACUAUUUGAACUACCUCACUAAAUACCUCGAGCUGCUAGACACCGUCUUCUUGGUCCUCAAGAAGAAACCCCUCACUUUCCUCCAUACCUACCACCAUGGCGCCACAGCUCUCCUCUGUUACACCCAACUCAUCGGCCACACCGCUGUCUCAUGGGUACCCAUCACCCUCAACCUCCUUGUCCAUGUCGUCAUGUACUGGUACUAUUUCCAGAGUGCCCGUGGCGUCCGCAUCUGGUGGAAGCAAUGGGUUACAAUCCUCCAGAUCGUGCAGUUUGUCAUUGACUUGGUCUUCGUCUACUUCGCCUCAUACACCUACUUCACCUCCACCUAUUUCCCCCACCUGCCCAACGCAGGCGGCUGCGCCGGCGAAGAAUUCGCCGCUAUCUCCGGCCUAAUCAUACUCAGCUCCUAUCUUCUCCUCUUCAUCUCCUUCUACUUUGCCACAUACAAGAAAGCAGCCAAAUCCGGCCGCCCGCGCAGAAACACCGGCAAGCAGGCCGUCAUCGAUAUGCGGAACUUGGAAAUCCCAUCCGUUGGUGGAAAGGCUACCACUGCUGCUGCUGCGACUAUCAAUGGCCAUGCGCAUACGAAUGGCUCGGCGGUUUCCUCUGCCCGAUCCAAUGGACCUGUUACGCGGUCAAGAAAAGCAUAA